AACGGGAGAGUAAAGAAAGAGGCGCGUGUGAGAGGGAGAGUGGAAAUGGUGUGUGUGGAGAAGAAGUUUGGUUUUGUGAAGUGGAGUUGAUUUGAUAGAUUGCUAUGGUUCGAGCGUCGGUGAAGUUGGGUUCGGCGAAGUUGGUGGUGAUCUGCGUGGGCCUAUUGGGUUUUGCUCUCGUCGCCGAUUUUCUAUGGGCCUCUACCUCUUCCACGCUUCUCACUUCCAAACCCUCCACAUUCGUCGUCCCUGACAAGAAAAAUCACAAAAAUGUCACGGCUUCUGGAAGGUUCCUCGCCGCCGCUUACGCCGAUUUGGAUGCGCCCAACCUCCACUGGGAGAAGAUGGCUCAGUGUCCCGUUCCUCGCCUUGACGGAGCCGCCAUUCAGAUUCGCGAUCUCCUAUUCGUCUUCGCCGGUUACGGCACCAUCGAUUAUGUGCAUUCUCACGUUGAUGUGUACAAUUUUAGUGAUAAUACUUGGGGAGGGAGAUUCGACAUGCCGAAAGAGAUGGCGCAUUCGCAUUUGGGAAUGGUGACCGAUGGUAGAUACAUUUAUGUCGUUACUGGACAGUAUGGCCCGCAGUGCAGAGGUCCCACUGCUCGUACGUUUGUGCUCGACUCUGAAACCAGGAAAUGGCAGGACCUACCUCCUUUGCCGGUACCUAGUUGAGAUUAGUGAUAGUUUAUAAACACCUUAUGUCCUUAACACAUUGGCGUACUUCUUCGGGCAUAGAAUGGUGACGGAACCACUAAACGCCAAGUGGACAAUAAUACUUUGGAGAGGUGACUCUAAUGAAACAUAAAGAACAGAUUCAGAGGAAAGGGGAAGGAUCUGGUCAAACUCACUUUUUCCCACCUUCUUUCUUGGUUUCCUGUGUGCCUGUAUUGCUUUUGGAUGAUGCACAAAUUUUCGUCACAGUCAAGAGU